AUGUCAUUCUCCAAUAUCUACACUCACCGCAAGGUCGCGGAAACGGCGGCCAAGGGCUGCGAUGUCUGCUACCGUGCCACAAGUAGCGUCCUGGUCGCUCCCGAAAAUAAGGACUUUUUCUACGUUUGCCCCAGUCAUCUGAAAGACAAGAACUUCUGCUCACCUAUCAUCGACAAAGAGGCCGUUGAAGCGAAGAAGAAGAAGGCUCUCGAGGACGAGGUUGCGCGUGUAAAGAAGGAGUACGAAGACAAACAAAAGAAGAAGAAGGAAAAAGAAGAGAAGGACAAGGAGAAAGAGAAAGACAAAGACAAGGAGAAAGAGAAAGACAAGGACGACAAAAAGACAGAGGACGAGGAGAAGGAAGACAGCGUCAAGGCAAGCUCUUUGAUAUCCCGCUUGUUGCUUCUUGAGUCUGGUUUCUUGGGAUAUCGGCUAACAAACUUCAAGAACGGCACCGAAACGCCAUCUCCGGCCGCGGAAGAGGAGCCACGCGUAUUCGCACUUCAAAAGAACUUCUUCGGAGCCCGACUUGAGAAGAAGCGACAAAUGGAGAUCGCAAAGAGGAACCGGGAACGUCUUCAGCAACCAAACCUAUUUCCAUCAGUUCCGAAAGGCAUGCCGGGUAGUUGA